CCCAAUUUAGAACAGAGUCUCUCAAGAGAACCCCAAACAUAAGCAAUUUCUCUCUCCUUCGCUUCACACCAGUUUUCGAAAUACCUUUUUAAUUUUUCUCAUUCAGAUUUUGACUCCCCCCCCCACGUACCAAGUUUCUCUCUUUGCCUCUUCUCCCUCUCUCCCUCUUUCUCUUAUAUAUUCCGCCCUUUCAAUUCUUUCUCUCUAACUCAACCGAACCCAAAAAAAAAAGAAUAAAGAAAACGAAAAAGCAAUUCAAAACAGAGAAGAUCGAAAAAAAAGCCAAGUGGUUUGGUUUUUUUCCUUGUGUCUUCCCCCUCCUGUAAGAUCUGUUACAGAGGAAAGGAUGAAGCGAAUAAGGGACGAUAUAUAUUCCGGUUCUCAAUUUAAACGUCCAUUUGGUUCUUCAAGGGCUGAAUCCUAUGGGCAAAACCAAAUGCCAGGCGGAGGAGGAGGAGGAGGAGGUGGAGGCGGAGGUGGAGGCAUUGGAGGGGUAGGUGUAGGAGUGGGAAGUACGUCACAGAAACUGACUACAAAUGAUGCCUUAACGUAUCUAAAGGAAGUGAAGGAGAUGUUUCAGGAUCAAAAGGAGAAGUAUGACAUGUUCCUUGAAGUCAUGAAGGAUUUCAAGGCUCAAAGGACUGACACGGUCGGUGUCAUUGCCCGAGUGAAGGAAUUAUUUAAAGGGCAUAACAACUUGAUUUAUGGAUUUAAUACCUUCCUGCCAAAAGGAUAUGAAAUAACCCUUGAUGAGGAUGAGGCUCCUCCAAAAAAGACUGUUGAAUUUGAAGAAGCAAUCAGUUUUGUAAACAAAAUAAAGAAACGUUUCCAGAAUGAUGAGCAUGUUUAUAAAUCAUUUCUGGAUAUCUUGAAUAUGUACCGGAAGGAGCACAAGGACAUAAAUGAGGUCUACAGUGAGGUUGCUGCUCUCUUUGAGGACCAUCCAGAUCUGCUUGAGGAGUUCACAAGAUUUUUACCAGAUGCUUCAGCAGCGUCUUUGACACAUCAAGUUCCAUAUGGUCGAAAUUCAACUCAGCGUUAUAAUGAGCGAAGCUCUGCUACACCUACCUUGCGGCAUAUACAAAUAGACAAGCAACGUCGGAGGGAUAGGAUUACUUCCCAUGCUGAUCGGGAUCUCAGUGUUGAUCGUCCUGAACUGGAUGACGACAAAGCAAUGAUGAAAAUGCAAAAGGAGCAGAGAAAGCGUGUGGACAAGGAAAAUAGGGAUCGAAGGACUCGUGAUCAGGAUGAUCCUGAGCAUGACAACAAUAGGGAUUUUAACUUGCAUCGUUUUGCUGACAAAAAAAGAUCUGGAAGGAAGGUUGAAGGAUUUGCUUCUUAUGAUGACAGAGAUACUUUAAAAAGCAUGUGCAACCAAGGGUUUGUAUUCUGUGAGAAAGUUAAGGAGAGGCUAUGCAGCUCAGAUGACUACCAGGCAUUCUUAAAGUGCCUUAAUAUUUAUAGCAAUGGAAUAAUCAGACGGAAUGAUUUGCAAAAUUUGGUGACUGAUUUACUUGGCAAGUAUCCAGAUCUUAUGAAUGAGUUCAAUCAGUUCUUGGAGCAUUGUGAGAAUACUGAUGGGCUUCUUGCUGGUGUUAUUAGUAAAAAAUCACUUAGUGGUGAUGGACAUGCAUCCAGGCCAUUGAAGUUAGAGGAUAAAGAUAGAGAGCAGAAACGUGAAAUGGAGGGAGCUAAGGAUAAGGAGAGAUACAGGGAGAAGUAUAUGGCAAAAUCCAUACAAGAGCUUGACCUUUCUAACUGUGAACGUUGUACCCCAAGCUAUCGGCUUCUGCCUGAUGAUUAUCCAAUACCUUCAGCAAGUCAGAGAUCGGAGCUUGGUGCUCAAGUGCUGAAUGAUCAUUGGGUUUCUGUGACUUCAGGAAGUGAGGAUUAUUCUUUUAAGCACAUGCGCAGAAAUCAGUAUGAAGAAAGUUUGUUCAGAUGCGAGGAUGAUAGAUUUGAGCUGGAUAUGUUGUUAGAAUCUGUGAGCUCAACUGCCAAGCGUGCUGAGGACUUGCUGAACAACAUUAAUGAAAAUAAGAUAAAUAUGGAUUCUUCAGUUCGUGUUGAAGACCACUUUACUGCUCUAAAUUUAAGGUGCAUUGAGCGUUUAUAUGGUGACCAUGGACUUGAUGUGAUGGAAAUAUUACGUAAAAAUCCUGCUCUUGCAUUACCAGUCAUUUUAACUCGCCUGAAACAGAAGCAAGAAGAGUGGACAAAGUGCCGUGCAGAUUUCAACAAGGUUUGGGCUGAAAUUUAUGCGAAAAACCAUUACAAAUCACUUGAUCACCGCAGCUUCUAUUUCAAGCAACAGGAUUCGAAGAACUUGAGUGCAAAAUCUCUAGUGGCUGAAAUCAAGGAGUUGAAAGAGAAGAACCAGAAAGAGGAUGAUGUUCUUGUGGCUAGUGUUGCCGGUCACAGACAACCCCUAGCUCCACACCUUGAAUAUGAAUAUUUGGAUGUUGACAUUCAUGAAGACCUGUAUAAACUUAUAGAAUAUUCAUGUGAAGAGAUGUGCUCAACCAAAGAACAGUUAAAUAAAGUUAUGAGGCUCUGGACCACUUUCUUGGAGCCCAUGUUGGGUAUUCCUCCUCGACCUAAUGGCAGAGAGGGUACUGAUGAUGCUGGUAAAGUACAGAAUCCUGCUGUAAACUGCACCGGAUCAAGCAUUGCUGAAAGUGAUGGCAGCCCUGGAGCUGAUGCUACUAUUAAUUCUGGGCAACAAAAAGCUCCUAGUGAUGGAGAUGAGAAUAGUUCACCAGAACUAACUAAUUCUUGCAGAAAUAGUUUGACAAAUGGGGAAACUUUAGCCAAGGAAGAACGCUCAGGUUGUGUCUCUAGGGAUGAUACAAAGGUAGAGAAAGAGAUCAAAUUUGUAGGUGAUAAAAGGCCUGGAAUUAACAUGCUUACCUCCAUUGAAAAAGUAGGCAAUUCCAUAGCAGCCCUUGCAAUUGGAGCAGAAAAUAAUCACAGCAGAAACAAUGUUGAAGGGGCAUCAGGGUGUGGUGCAGCAGCAUCUAGACCUAGCAUUGCCCCUGGUGAGGAUCAUGAAGCUGAAGCUAAUGCUGAUCUUGUACAUUCAUCAGAGGGUGGUGAUGCAGCAAAACAUGCUUUAUUAGUAAAUGGAGUACCUACAGAUGGCUCUAAUGCUGGUAGAUAUCAUGAAGAAUCUGCUGGGCCCUCCAAAAUUGAAAAAGAAGAAGGUGAAUUAUCACCUAAUGCUGAUUUUGAGGAGGAUAAUUUUGUUGCCUAUGGUGAUACUGGUCUAAAGGCUGUGCCAAAGGCAAAGCAUGGUGUUGAAAACAGACAGUAUCGGUCUGGAAAUGGGAAAGAGUUGCAUUGUGAGGAUGCUGGAGGAGAAAAUGAUGCAGAUGCUGAUGAUGAGGAUAGUGAAAAUGCCUCAGAGGCUGGUGAUGAUGCAUCGGGCAGUGAGUCUGCAGGUGAUGAAUGCUCCCGUGAAGAGCAUGAAGAGGAAGAGGUCGAACGUGAUGAAGUUGAUGGUAAGGCUGAGAGUGAAGGUGAAGCUGAAGGGAUGACUGAUAUACAUUUUGUGGGAGAUGGCAUGUCCUUGUCAUUUUCAGAACGUUUUCUUUUUACGGUGAAGCCUCUUGCAAAGCAUGUAUCUGCAGUUUUACCUGAUGAAGAUAGACACAGUUCUUGGGUUUUUUAUGCAAAUGAUGAUUUCUAUGUUCUUUUCCGACUUCAUCAAAUCCUAUAUGAAAGAAUACUGUCAGCAAAAACAAAUUCGACAGGUGGUGAGAUAAAGUGGAAACAUUCAAAAGAUGGUAGUUCUUCAGAUUUAUAUGCCAGAUUUGUGAGUGCACUCUACAGUCUGCUUGAUGGAUCUGCUGAUAAUGCAAAGUUUGAGGAUGAAUGUCGGGCUAUAAUAGGAAACCAGUCUUAUGUGUUAUUCACAUUGGACAAGUUAAUAUAUAAAUUGGUUAAGCAGCUUCAAGCUGUUGCAACAGAUGAGAUGGAUAAUAAGCUUCUUCAAUUGUUUGAGUAUGAAAAAUCCCGGAAACAUGGGAAGACAAUGGAUUCAGUGUACUAUGAGAAUGCACGUGUCCUUCUUCAUGAGGAGAAUAUAUAUCGAUUGAAAUGUUCAUCUUCGCCAUCUCGUUUGUCUAUUCAGUUGAUGGACAAUGUCAUUGAAAAACCAGAGGCAUUUGCUGUUUCCAUGGAACCUAAUUUUUCAGCUUUUCUGCACAAUGAUUUUCUUUCAGUCUUUCCUGGCAAAAAGGAGCCACAUGGCAUUACACUAAAGAGAAACAAGAGCAAAUAUGCAGGUCUAGAUGAAUUUGCUGCUACUUGCUUGGCCAUGGAAGGUGUUGAAGUGGUUAAUGGUUUAGAAAACAAGAUAGCUUGCAACUCAUACAAGAUUUCUUAUGUGUUGGACACAGAAGAUUAUUUCUUUCGUAGGAGGAGAAGUUCAUCACAAUGCAGAUCUUCAUUUAAUAAUCAGGCAAGAGUACAACGGUUCCAUAGAUUUUUAUCCGCUUCGCAAUAAUUUAGCAUUCUUUCUCGGACAGGCAGAAAAGAAGCCCAUGGUGCAACCAGACCUUGAAAGGCUUUCGAAAAAGGGCACAUUUCUUGUAUGUUCAUAGUUGAUGUUAGUUGGCCAUUCUAGUACUGAAGAAGGGAACGGUUAGGAAAUGGUAGCAUAUUACAAGAUCAGAUGAGCCAUUAUUGUGUAAAUAGGGGUUGCAUGUUAUUUUGUAAAGAGGGAACAAGGAAAAAGGUUUUAUUUAUUUUUUUUCCUGUUUAAUAUAAGUUUUGUUAUUGACAGGUGACAUGCCACACCUUCACUUGAAAUAGGAUUGAAGUAACUGAAAAGUUCCCACAA